CCGCCGCUGCCUUUGCCUGCGCUGCCGGCGGCGGGAGAGCGGCGCUGGGGCGGGCGGGCAGCGCCGUGCGGGGCCGGCAGCGCCGUGCGGGGCUCGGGGGGCCCAUGCGGCGCCGGGCGGAGCCGAGCCGAGCCGGGCCAGCUCCAGCCAUGCAUCCCGGCGCGCCCGCGGGCACAUGGGGCAGCGCUUGAACCGCUGCCUCGAUGUCCCCGUCGCGUUGCCGCCGCUGAGGCGGAGGCUCCUGCUGCUCUUCAUCAUGCUCUUCCUCUGGCUCUAUAUGUUUUACUCCUGCGCCGGCUCCUGCGCCGGGCUGGCCGCCCGCGGCUCCCCCGCACCGCCCCGCGCCGCCCCGCCGCUGCCCCAGCUGCAGCCGCCGGCUCCGGGGGAGGCGGGCGAGGAGGGCGGCCCCGAGGAGCACCGGGCUGCGCCCGACGCCGCCAGCCCCAUCUCCACCUUCUUCAACGGCUCCGGCACCAAGCGGCUGCCGCAGGCCAUCAUCAUCGGCGUGAAGAAGGGGGGGACGCGGGCGCUGCUGGAGUUCCUGCGGGUGCACCCCGACGUCCGCGCCGUCGGCGCCGAGCCCCACUUCUUCGACCGCAACUACGAGCGGGGACUCGCCUGGUACAGGGACCUCAUGCCCAGGACCCUGGAGGGGCAGAUCACCAUGGAGAAGACCCCCAGCUACUUUGUCACCAAGGAGGCCCCCGCCCGCAUCUCCUCCAUGUCCAAGGGCACAAAGCUCAUCGUGGUGGUGCGGGACCCCGUGACCAGAGCCAUCUCGGACUACACCCAGACGCUCUCCAAGAAGCCCGAUAUCCCCACCUUUGAGAGCCUGACCUUCAAAAACAGGACUACGGGCCUCAUCGACACCUCGUGGAGCGCCAUCCAGAUUGGCAUCUACGCCAAGCACCUGGAGAACUGGCUCCUCUACUUCCCCAUCGGGCAGAUCCUCUUCGUCAGCGGGGAGAGGCUGAUCAGCGACCCCGCGGGGGAGCUGGGCAGGGUCCAGGACUUUCUGGGCCUCAAGAGGAUCAUCACCGACAAACACUUCUACUUCAACAAAACCAAGGGGUUCCCGUGCCUGAAGAAGGCGGAAGGCAGCAGCAAACCCCACUGCCUGGGGAAGACGAAGGGCAGGACCCACCCGGACAUAGACCAGGAGGUGGUGCAGAGACUGCGGGACUUCUACCGGCCCUUCAACAUGAAGUUCUACCAGAUGACGGGGCAGGACUUCGGCUGGGACUGAGGCUGGCGUGGGAAAGUCCCCUGUAAUUACUUGUCCAGCACGGUUUGCGUAUAUAAAGAGAUAUAUAUGUAUGUAAAAUGUACAGAAAUCUAUUUUAUAAUAAUUUAUUUUUAAUUCCUAAGCAAUUAAUUCACUAAGCUGCCUAACCGCACUGGCUAGAACGGUAGCCCGUAACCUGUUUAACAUUCCACAGUGUUUAAUUCUAAUAUGUCUCUCCUUUUGUUUUUUUUUAUUCUCCUCCUGAUUUCUCCUCUUAUUGGUUUGGUUUGUAACAAACGGUGCUUCCAUUUUUCCUAAACAAAAUUUGUAUUUAAAAAAAAAAAAACAAAAAUCAAAAAAAGCGAGGGUGGCAGGGGAGGGGUGGGGCGGGAGGGAAAGCACAAAUUUAUUUUUGUUAUGGGUAUCUGGCCUUUAUAAACACUUGCUUUCCCUACUCCGGUGUCCCAGUCUCUGCUCCGGCGUUGUGCUCCCUCGUCCCACAGCUUUCUGGUUAGUCCCGCGGCUCCGGGAGGGUUCCUCUGGGGCGGGUGGGGAGGGAGGCUGGGCAUCUCCCUGCAACGACACAGCUCUGCUGAGCAGCAGCGUGUUUUACCGGCGGCUGUAAAGUGUAGGGAACCCCAAGCCAUACAGCUCCUGCCCUGCAGCCCAGGUCUCUGCCGGGAGGGUAACGUGCUUGUUUUCUGGCAGAGAAGCCACAGAGCCUGUUGCAUGGGCAGAGCUGUCUCCUCGGUAUACUCUCCCAUCUUGCCUUUUGUCAAGGAGACUCUUUCCCACGAUCCCUCUAUGCAUUUUAAAACUUAACUGCAGGACAAAUAUAAAAAUACAUGUAUCUGCGUGUGACACGCUCGGCGCUGGUCCGAAUGCCUCGCAAGACGCGUCGCUCCAGGAGCGCCCGCGCGCACCGGGCGCCGCAGGGCGAUGGCUGCGCUGGCAGUGCGGGGAGCGGCGGCCUCCCACCAAAGACGCCGGCAGAGCCGCGGUGCCACGUGAAAACCCCAGGUCUCUGCUUGGAGCCAUUCCCAGCGCGGAGGGUGUCCCAGGACAGGGCGCAGGCAGCGCUUCCUCCCGCCCUGCAACUGCCGGAGCAGCCCCCAGUGUGUGAGACUGGGGAACGUCAGCCUUGGCCCUCUUGACUCCCAGUGCUUUUUGGUCCAAUGCCUUAUCCGUGGUGCCUCCCAAGGAGCAGCAUUUGCCUAGAGCCUGGAAAAAGCGCUGCUUUGCCCACGAGGAUGAAUCUGUAGUAGAGGGGGGGGAUGCUGUACUGAGGUUGGGGUGUUGCUGGCAGCCCAGGCACGGGCAGGCGCCCCCCCGAUGCCCUGGCUGAGCACAGGGAUGGCAGCCAGGCAGGACAGGGGGCUCCGAGCUCUUAUCCAUCAACCCAGGUACAAUAACCUGGGGGUCCUUCACCUCAGGUGGAACCAAAUGCUUUGGGGCAUUAGGACAGGUUGGCAGGGCUCUCCUGAGAGCUCCGGGCACGUUUUAUGUGCCCAGGAGGUUUUGGUAAAUACCACGAGUGUCUGAUGCCUUAUCAUUACUGUUGGAGGUUCUGCUAGCUCAGCUGGAUUGUUUUUUGGAGCAUGGUGACAGCAGAAGUGAUUUGCACCUUGAAUUUUUACCAGAAGCAGGGCUGCGUUGUCUUUGGGCAGCCAAAACCCCAUGCAGCUCACCUGCGAGCUUUGAAAGGAUGCAGGACACCGGGCGUGGAGCUUGCUGGCUAAACCUCACGUCUUACCGUGUGAGCACUUGCAUAAAGCAGGCAGCGUAAGUAAAACUCGGCACAGCAAACGCACCAACAGGCAGAGCACGUGUGGGUUAACGCUCUAGUUGCAUACGUGUUGCCUGCAUAAAUGCGUGCCCUGCACCUCUCUCCAGCCGCCCGUAGCAAACGGCCUUUGAGCACCACGUUGCUGAGCCAUGCCCAGCUGUGCACACAGAGGUUUUUCCCAGAUGUUUCUUCUACUUUUGCAGCCUCCUUGCUCUUGCCUGCCCCUUACAGCUCUCUGCUGUGGCUUUUAGGUGAUGAAAAGGCUCUUUGGACGCUGGGCCGCUCUCCCUGGGGCUUGAUCUGGUCCUGCUCAGGUGGAUACAGCAAAGAGCAGACUCAUCUCUGGGUCCACUGCAGGGAUUUUUCAGGUGAAGCGCUGCCCUUCAGUGCUUUAUUUGAACCUAAGGGCUCUUGGCUUGGCUCAGGGGUGUCACAUCUCCGAAGGGGUUUAGGGACUCGUGCCCCCCCCGGUGCCCGCGGGGUGCGUGUGUGUUCGCACACGGGGCGCCGGGCACUGGGCUGUCCGCAAGGAAAGGCAGCUGCCAAGCGUAACGUCAGGACCGACCUAGCAAACUGCUGGGAGCAGGAUGCAAACCCCGCCCUGGCGUUUGCCUCCAAGCACACCUUCCCGCAGAAAGGGAGAGCUGGGUGAAUCCUCUCGGUUUUGCCCUGAGCCAUUUCUAGUCCCGCUUCCAGAGCUCACAGACCGGGCGUGGGACCUGCUGGGCUGCGCAGGCUGACAGACCACGCGCACGAGCCCCCUCCUGCAAAAGGCAGCUGCAGACUCGAGUGGUGGUUGGAUCUAUGCAUGUCUGGGGUCUUUGGUUUUCGCUCCAGCCAGGUCCCCGGCUCUGUUGCUCUCUGCCAGGACAGGUGAUGAAUGCUUGAGCGUGUCUGCUUUAUCACAAACCCUGCUGCUGUUGGGUGACUGAGGGGAAGGGGGUGAGGGGUGGGUGGGGAAAUAAACCACUUCCUGGUGGAAAAGAGUGAUUUUGGGGUUCUCAGAACCUCAGUCUUCCUACUAGCCAGCUUAUGCAAUAUAUGGCAAGAAGCUCACCGUCUCCGCUUGGCCUUUGGGCGAGCUCCCAGCCGCGACUGCGCCGCUUCCCCGGGCGCUUCCCCUUCCGCUGCGUGGCGAGAGCCUGCGGGAACCAGCACGUUGGCGUGGCUUCCUUUCCUUCCGAGCGCGUGUCGUGCCUGCUUGGGACCGCUGGAAGGCUUCGCAUCCCCUGCGCCUUCCUUCCUGGAAACAACUUUUUAAGAUCCCGAUGCCUUCCUCAGCUAUACAGCCGAGUGUGGGCUUCACUUGUACAAUCAGGGCCUGCUGCAAAAUGCUCUCAUGAAGCAACCUUGUUGAGGAGUAGAAAUACAGAGAGUGAAUAAUAACUCUUUUAACCUUAAGCAAAUUGUUAGCCUUGGCUCAAUAUCCUUCCUAACAAGGUCUGCACUAGACUUUUAAUGUAAAGGCCUUACCUAACAAAUAAGAAAACGAAGGUGAAUUCCCUGUGGUCUGCAUCUGGUUGCUAAUACUGGGGUCCGUGCUAUUGUCAUAAUUUAAAAAAAAAAAACAACACCUUAUUUUUAACUUAAGCUUGGAGGUGUGAUUAGAAGUGCUUUUUUUUUUUUCUUUUCACAUUGUAACAUUAAUUUAUGGCUGAGUUUCAUUCAGUCCUGUGUUCAGAAGUGCAGUACAGGUUUAGUGAUGUGUUGUCUGUAACAUGGUACUGUAGAGUAGCCAAUUUGUAAAAAAAAAAAAAAAAAAGAACAAAACGUAGAGAAAAACAAAAAAAAACCACAAAAAAGAAAACUUGAAAACAUGUAAAUCGAGUAUUUUGUUGUAUGUACAACACAAAUUAAUUUUACACAGAGAAAGAUGUUUCUAGGAAAAUGAAAUUCUGAUAAUUCAUACUAUUUGUAUGAACAAAUAAAAACUAUAUUUUACCAAG